GGGAGUUGAACUUUCCGUCGUAGUACACUGAAUGUUCAGUGGUGUUUUUCUAUUACAAGUUGGAUAUUUCUUAGUCUGCGUUUAUACACUGGAUUCAGUUCUUUGAAGUUUGUGUUAUCUUCGUUAUUGCCAAACAAGUGAGCGAGAGAGCCAGGGAUAGUGUUCUAUCCAUGGACUUGUGGAUUUAUUUGAAAUCACUUUAUAAACUGUUUGAAUCAAGCAUUCUGUAAUUUGUUGUGAAAGAUGAGUGAUACAGAAGCCACAGUUGUAGAAACACUCAACAUGAGUGACAAUUCAGUUCAAUCUACGUGCAGUGAUCUUCCAUCUGAUGUAAUGGUAAAAAGUGAGCCAUCAGACUGUGCAUAUGACCCGUCAGACUCACAAUAUGAUAUCACCUCACCUAGCCACUCUUCAUCAUCGUCGUCACCAGUAGUCAUUGCAGCCUCUGUAGUAUUGGCCAACACAGUACCGUUACCGAUGAAGUCUCCACCCCCAAAUUAUAAUAUGGCUUCACCACAGUCUGAUGAUAGUGAUAGCACCAGUGCUAAGAGACGCAAAGGGCCGCUACCGAGAACAGAUUUGGAAUUGUGUCUUGUUUGUGGUGAUAGGGCAUCAGGAUUCCAUUACAAUGCCCUUAGUUGUGAAGGAUGUAAAGGU